CUGUCUUUCUCUUCCUACCUGUAUCUACGUUACCCUUUGGUGUUGUCGAUUGUCGAGCGGAUGGCUGAGCCAGCCUGAUCCGACUUACAUUUCACCCGCCAUCGCACCCACACACCGGACCUCCCUCCCACACACACACACACACACACCAACACACACCCAUCCUCCUCCGCGAAACAACAUGGAAUUCUUCCGGACAGAAAUCCUAGGCACGACGUUUGAAUCCACCAACAGGUAUGCGAACUUGCAGCCAGUUGGCCUGGGUGGCUUUGGUGUUGUCUGUUCCGCCUACGACCUGAUCUCCCAGCAGCCGGUUGCGAUCAAGAAGAUGGUGAAGCCGUUUGACAGCUCGGCUAUUGCAAAACGGGCGUAUCGAGAGGUCAAGCUUCUAAAACAGAUGAGGCAUGAGAAUCUCAUCGGCAUCACCGACGUCUUCGUUUCGCCGUUAGACGACAUUUACCUGGUAACGGAACUUCUGGGCACCGAUCUUGGUCGACUAUUGCAAGCCAGACCCCUUGAUGGCAAGUUCAUACAGUACUUCAUGUACCAGAUCUUCCGCGGACUGAAAUACCUCCAUUCGGCGGGCGUCGUGCACCGUGACCUGAAACCCGGCAAUCUUCUCAUCAACGAGAACUGCGACCUGAAGAUUUGCGACUUUGGCCUCGCCCGCAUCGGUGAACCCCAGAUGACCGGCUACGUUUCCACGCGAUACUACCGAGCGCCGGAGAUCAUGUUGACGUGGCAGCAAUACGGAAUGCAGGUGGAUGUCUGGAGCGCUGGGUGUAUCUUUGCGGAGAUGCUCCGCGGGGCGCCGUUGUUUCCAGGAAAAGAUCAUAUCGACCAGUUUUAUCUGAUCACCGAUGUCCUUGGAAAUCCGCCCCCUGAGGUCAUUGAGAGAAUACCUAGUGGAAACACCCGGCGACUCGUGACCAUGAUGGAACGUAAAGAGCCAAGAUCAUUGAAGGACUUGAUUCCUGAGGCAGAGGACGAUGCGAUUGAUCUCCUCAACAAGACCCUCACGAUCGACCCGGAUCGAAGAAUCACUGCAGCAGACAGCUUGAACCACCCAUACAUGGCACCGUACCACGAUCCAACCGACGAACCCACCGCACCCCAAAAGUUCGACUGGUCUUUCAACGAUCAGGACCUUCCCAAAGACACCUGGAGGGUUAUGAUCUACUCGGAAGUGCUGGACUUUCACAACACUGAUCUCAACCAAGGACUGGUACUUCCAGAGGAACUGGAGAAUAGUACUGCUGAUUUCUUCACCUCGGAAUUCCUCGACAAUGGACUAUGAUUGGUUAAGCGCGGUGACGGCAUUGUUCAUCCACAAGUCGACAACUCCGUCGUGCGGGGAAAGAUGGGGUUCGGCGAAUGGCCUCUCUUGGGAGCCCUCGCGUUGACAUCGCGGUACAUGAACUUCUCACUCCCGCCAGGGAAUCGGCACUAUGGUGGGUAUUUUGGGUAUCUGGGCACAGUGUGCAUGUUUCUGUCCUGUUCCUCUUGGUCCCUUGCCUACUAUGUAUUCCAAGACCUUGUCUCUUAAUCCGUAGCGAAAUUCAGAUG